CCUUGUGUGAAGCUCCUGGUGAGAUGAUUGCAGACCCUGAUGGAGAAGAAGAUGUGAAUGAAGAGGCACUCCAAAGUGACCUGCAGGACAAGACCAGGAGUUGGUCUGUCCUGUUACAUGAAAGAGAAGAUUUCCUUGCAUGAGGCUCUUGGUGAAAGGGUUAGAGAUCCUGAUGGAGAGAAAGAUGUCUGUGAAGAUGAGCUCCAAAAUGACCUGCAGGACAAGACAGGGAGGAAAAAGAAAGAUGACUUGUGUGAAGCUCCUGCUAAGACCAUAGUGGAUCCUGAUGUAGGUGAUGACAGCAAGCUCCAAAAUGACCCGCAGGAGAAGAAAAAGUUUUUGGAAGUUUAUCCUCAGGUGAAACUGGAGCUUGAGCAGCAGAUCAGGAAGCUGCACACCCUUGCAGACAAGAUUGACAAGGUACACAGGGACUGCACCAUCACACAAGUGGUGGCCAGCUCCACUGGUGCUGUGUCCGGAGUCCUGACCAUCCUGGGUCUCGCUCUGGCACCCGUGACAGCAGGAGUCAGUCUGGGACUUUCAGCCACAGGCUUGGGACUGGGGGCAGCAGCAGCUGUGACUAGUGUGACCCAGAAAAGAGUGUCCUGUUCCACAUACUAG